UUGCGGAGCCGACGUUUAAACUUGCAUUGAGGAGCCAACGUAGGCAGGCAGACGCAGACGGAUCAGCAGGCGCACAAACUGACGCCGCUCAGGUAUAUCAAGUAUGUUACAUGCUCUCGUUUGGCUGUUUUUUCUGUCCAUCACAUCUUUUCUGGAAUACACCUUGACAGAAACAACAGAUGAUCAAAUUGAUUUUACAUGUCUGAGUGAUUAUAUAUAUACUGUAACAUGCACAUUAAUGAUGAAGGAGGACAUUCCUGAAGAGCCAAAUGUGUCUUAUCUGGUGGAAUCCGAAGAUCACACAUCAAGCAACAAAGGAAAUUGCACAAUAGUAAAACGUCCUGGGAACUUUCCUGCAAACUGCUCAUUAGAAAUGGAAGAUAUAAUGAUGGAUUUGGACAUCUAUAAUAUUACUCUUCAGAGAAUAGGCAGUGAUAAGACCACAGUUUACUUAACAGUAAUCCCUGAAUAUUCUCCAGUUGAAAACAUCAAGCCGGUUACUCCUAUCAACUUGUCUGUUAAUUAUGAUGAGAAACAAUACAAAUUAACUUGGAAUACUGGAUAUGACAGUGGUAACCAUCUGCCAAGUAAUCUGCAGUAUGAGGUUAUGUAUUGGCAAAAAGGAAGGAGCUUGCUGAAUCCUAAAAUAGGAAAGCGCAUUAAUGACAUCACAUCUUUAAAUAUUCGAGAGACUGAAUUACAAAAAAGCACUACUUACCUGGCAAUGGUCCGUUCAGCUCCCAACAAUAUCUCUUACAAAGGCCACUGGAGUGAGUGGAGCUUAGCCACUGAAUGGACGACAAGACCUUCAGAUGUACAGAAGCCACAUGUUUCACCUUAUAUCAGUACAAUCGGAAUGCCAUUUGCCCUGGCACUCAUCAUACUCAUCGCAAUGUACUUUGAUCUUCCAACAAGGUUAAAAAAUAAAAUAUGUGCAGAGGUGCCCACACCUGCACCUUUUCUACAACCACUCUACAAUAAUGACAAAGGGGGUUUUCGGAGCUGGUUUUUGUCCCCUGGCAACUUAAAUGAUGCAUUGAAGAAAGAGGAAGCCCUGAAAAUUGAUCAUCUCAUUGAGACAAAGCCACAUAGCGUUGAAGCUUCAAAAGAAGACUUUUGCAAAGUUUUAUAUGUUACAAAAGAUCAACAUAAUGAGAACUGCCAAGCUAAUACUGAGAGUGACUCAAAUGAAGUUGCUGUACAUUGUAAAAACCAUGUCACUUCUCCUGCCAGUUUCUUCUACAGCCAGGAUGAGAGUUUUAGCUCACAUUUAUUGGAGAACUUUGAAUCAAUAGAUUCUGGAUGUUUUGAUGUCAACAGAAGCAGUGAUGAAACAGAAAAGGAGACCAAUUUCUCCUAUGAUGUUCCUCCUGAACCAGAAAGUCUGUGCUACAGUGAUGACUACUGCACCCUUUCGGAAGCAAACAAUGGACUAAUUCCAAGCAAAAAAGUCAAGGAUAUCAAAGCAACUUGUGGCAAGUGCAUUGAAGUAGGCCUAAAGGGCCCAGUAUCACUUUCAAGUGUUUCAAGUGUUCAAGUGGCCUGUCUAACCCCAGAUACAUUUGUUAUUUAGUCCUGUUCUCAGACCAUUUCACAUCGUGUCAGUAGCUCCUAUGCACAAUUGCUAAAAAUAUGACAUAAUUAGGUUCCUCAGGGCUCAAGAUCUUUUAUUGUAAUUGUCCCGUCAGUGCUAUUAGAACUAAAGAAAGGAAAUGUAAAAAAAAGUUCAUCCAGUUCAGUUAACACUUCCUAUUAAGCCCCAUGUGUCUCCAGCAAGCACGGAUUAUGUGCUUUGUGAUAUUUUUGCAGAAUCUUCCUGCAUCAGUCUGAACUGAUAGACAGAUUUCAGCAUAUAAAGGUAAACACAGGGGUACUGUGUAAUUCAUUUUCUUUUUUUAUUCGGUAUUUUUUCCCAAUUAAAGAGCUCAUUGUCAUCUUGCUAGAAACAUCACUACUUUAAUGACUGGAAUAUUUUCCUAGGCAUAUUGUUAGAAAAUUUAGUUCUUGAGUCAAAACAAGUGUUACAGUUACGGAUGUGUCUUUAUGAAGAAGAAAAGGUAAAAUCCACAGGCAAAUCACAGUAAUGCAGAGGUGGAAUGGUAAAUAUGUGAGAACUUCCAAGAACACUUCAGAUAAGACAUUUUACAAAUGAUGAGAGACCAUUCCAUUGUUUGUCAAUUGUACUAAUAUCUUAUCCAGAUAGAAGUUGUCAAGGUGUCUAGUUCAACACUGUUGUUUGUUUCAGAUUCUCACAAUGCUUUGUCUGCGGUGGGCUGAUGCCUUGCGCCCUGCGUUGGCUGGGAUUGGCUCCAGCAGACUCCUGUGACCCUGUAGUUAGGAUAUAGCGUGUUGGAUAAUGGAUGGAUUGUCAAUGCUUUGUGUAAAGAAAGGAAGUGCUUUCUGGUUUGCAUCUAAAAUGCACUCCCCCUUAAAUAUCCAGUUGAGACCUCAAGUACCUGUCACUGUUUUUAACAUGAUCAAUUUUAAUAAUGGCUGUGAGAAUUCUGAAGACCUGAAUCAGGUCUCCACAUAGCUUUCUCUGUCUGUUCAAGUCUAAGAGGCACCUUUUAGUCCAUGAAUGUGUCUGGUUUCUCCUGUUUGUACAGCUUCUAGAGCUGAUAGCUCUUUCUUGCUAUGCAUGUUAUGGGGCAUUCUGUGUCCUGUGGAUGGGAAUAUGUAAACAUCUGCUUUGUUACAGUGUAUUUUAUAUACACGCAGAGUAAUUAGGGAGAACUAAAUCAAAGGAUAAUUCUGUAUUGUGUUUAUUCAAGAUUUUUUUUCAUAUUUUGGUGUACUUAUUAUUGAUUCAUAAGGCAUUUAGUUGAAAGCAGUUUUGGGCAACACGCUUUAAUCAAUGACAUCAAAAUAAAAGUUACAGAAGUCUUCCUUGGGAUCACAGUCUUCAUAUGUGACGAUGUAAAAAUAGUCUUAAAGACCAUUAUGUACAAUAUAAAGCGAAGCAUUUAUUGUCCCAUUUGGUGAAUAUUUUAUCAUUUUCCCCUGCACUUCAGGUUCCACUAUGCAGCAACUCUCGCUUGAUAAAAGGAAACUUUAAAGAAAUGUAUUCUGAAUCGAUCAAAAGCAUAGAUUCUUGUAGCUAGCUGUCAGAAAGAAUUAAAAAGCUAAAAGUUGUGAAAUAAAACCACACAUCCUGUGCAUUUUAUCCAGUAGGAUGUGGAAAGUAUGAUCUUUUUUGGCUUUCUUGACCUUAUCUUUCCAUACUACCUGCUUUGAUCAUACAUUCCAGUUAAUAGUAUGCACUAGAAAUCACCGACUUUCUGCAGUUAACAAAAGAAAGGAAUUAAGCCACAGGCCACUCUUAAGCAAGAUAGUCAGGCUACUAAACAUGAUUGUUAACUUUAAAUGAAUAAUUUCUACAUCACUAAUUGCUUUACACUCCACUAAGCAGAAUGGAGUAGCUGUAUAUCUACUAGAAUAAAAGAAGGGAUGUGUUAGUGCACAUCUGCAAAAGAGGAAAAGGACCAAGAUUAUCUGCACAUUAAAAAAUAAAAAGAAGGUACGAUAGUUUGCAUGUAACAUAUUGUAUUGGUAACCUUUUGGCACUAAACUUCACCUAUUUUUUAUUCCGCACUGGCAAAAGUCAAUUUUAUGUACGAGGUGUGUCUAUUAAACAACAAGACUGAGUAAAUAACUCACCUUUAUUUAUAUGUAUUACAAAUUUAAUGCUUGUCCCCUUCAAUAUACUCCCCAUUUGCACUAAUACAUUGCUGCAGUCUAGUUUUCCACUGGUCGAAGGCAUGUAGCAAAUCAAUUUCUGUCAGUUGUUUUAACACAUCCACCAUUUUCUUCUUUACAGCAUCAACUGACUCAAAACAUGUCCCUUUAAGCACUGAUUUAACUUUUGAGAAAAGACAAAAGUCGCACGGUGCUAAAUCAGGCGAAUAUGGAGGAUGUUCAAGUGCAGUAAUGUGCUUGUCAGUCAAAAACUACUUUACAGAAACUGCUGUGUGAGCAGGCGCAUUGUCCUGGUGAAGAAUGAAACCAUUUUCACAUAGUUGCAGCCGUUUUUUUCGGACUUUUUCACUCAGCUUAAUCAAAACUUCUUUAUAAUAAUGCUGGUUAACUGUUAUGGAUUCGUAAACCCAUUCUUCCAAAAUUACACCCUUGAUAUCGAAAAACACAAUGAGCAUGGCUUUGAAUUUUGAUUGCUUUGACGAUCCUUUUUUUCAUUCUUGGUCCAGGGCGUUCAUCAUCUUUGACAUUCUCACGUCCCUCGCUGAAUCUUUUGUGCCACUCAAACACACACGCACGAGACAGGCUAUCAUUCCCAUAAGCUGUAGUAAAAAUUUGAAAACAUUCUGUUGGUGUUUGUGCAAUUUUACUAAACAUUUAAAAUUGACACGUUGUUCAACUUUUAAACUUAGCAUUUCUUGGCACACUACAGAAAACACAACCAAACUAAAUGGCGACUCACAAUCAACUGAACGUCAUAGAGUGUUGCUGCUUGUCAUGCAGGUUCAGACAUUUUGAAGGUCACCAUGCAUGCAGUUAUAACCGGUUCUGACUGCUUUGUUUACUAGGUGGAAUCACAUUCUCAUUAUUUAAUAGACAUACCUCGUAUACGUGGGUUAAGUUAGGGAUGGAGGAGGUUUUGUGCAUAUGGAACAUCAUUUGGAGACAACUUUGAAAAGAAUGGGAACAGUACAGGAUCCAAUAUUCAUGAUAGCAUCAUGGGCUACACAGCCUGUUUCAAUGAAGUAAAAUUUAAUGUAGUACCGUGAUGAACAGUCAGUAUGUGGUAACACUGCAGUGUAUAUCAUAUUGUUUAUAUUACAUGUAAUAAUUACUAAAUUGCUUGGAUACAUAAGCUGUUUGGUUAGUGGAUUUACUAAUUAUCCCAUUAAAACCAAUUUAUUUUGCUGCUUUGAUUUAUAAAUAAUUAACUCCUUUAUGUACUGUAUGUAAAGGUGAUAUUUUGCUGCUGUUACAUAAA